AGGAACUGCAGAUGAUAUUUGACUGGCUAGAUGUGGAGAACAGGGGCCGCCUGUCGCUGGACGAAUUCAGCUCUGGACUCAAAAGUGUCUUUGGCUCCAGCCCCAGCACCCGCAGGCUCCGCAGAAAGCGGCUGGUGCUCUCCCAACCGGUAUCUGUGACCUUCAAGUUGCCUGCCCUCGAGGAGGCUGAUGCCGAGGAGAAGGAGGCCUUCCUGGCUCUUGUAGGGCAGAUGGGGACUGACCACUCCCUUUCUGAGCAGGCUGAGCUCUGGAAACUGUGGGGGGAACUGCGGCAGGAGGAGCCCCAGCUGGCAGGCAAUCUGGAGGGCUUCCUGGCUAAGAUGAGCAGUCGCCUGCAGGAGGCUCGGGCUGACCGGGAGGCACUGGAGUGGACACUGAGGAAGCGACACUCUGACCAUCUCCACAAGGUGAGACAGCUCUAUGAGGAGACAGAGGAGCAGAUCCGCAGGGAGAAGCAGCAGUUGCAGGCCCAGAGCGACUCCCGGGGCAUGGCCCUCAGCACCCACAUGCAGGAGGCUCUGAAGGCCAAGGAGCAAGAGGUUCAGCGGCUGGCAGAGGGCCAGAGAGAGCUGGAGGUACAGCUCCUCCACCUCAGCAGCAGCCAGCAGGAGGCCAGCCGGGAGAACCUGCAGCUUCGGGAGGCUGAGCGCGACCUGGCUGGGCAGCUAGAAGAGGUGCGGGGACAGCUGCAGGUCACAAGGGGACAUCUGAACACUGCCAGGGGCCGAGUGUCCUGGCAGGUAGAGGAAGAACCAAGUGUCCCCAGAGAAAAUAAGACGGCCCCAGACCUUCAGGCUGUCCCCACUGAGGAGGCCCCACUGCCUGAGCUGUUUGGGGACAAUGACGACUGGGACCAGCUUCUGAACAGCUUUGGAGACCGGUCCCACCAAGCCCUGCAGCUCUGCUGGAGCCCACCCCCAACCCCGACUAGCACCUCAGGCCCCCAGACUCCCCGAAUUGUUAGGCAGAUCUCCAUUUCCAAUAUAGGGGCUUUACAGUUUGCUCAGGAGCCAGCCUCAGAUCCAGACCCAGGCCCAGGAAGCCCCGCCCGGGUGCCUCCCAGUGUCAAAGAUAGGAAUGGAGUGGAGGGGCAGGUUGGACAGGGUGGCAGUUCUAAGCAGCCUGUGGUCACCCCUGACCUGGAAGCUAGACCCAAGUCCCCCUUCCUCUGGAGCUUGCCAGGAGCCCAGGUUGGGGAGUCCGGGAGUGUGGAGUCGGCAGCUUUCAGAGUGCGGCUGGCUUCUGAAGCUGAGCCUCCUCCUCAGGGCCUCUCUCCUCCUCCUCAGUCCCCACCUGGGUCCAGAAAAGAGUCCCAGGCCCUAAAUCUGAGUGACAAGAGCCUCUGGCCUGGACCUGAUCCAGCCAAGCUGCCUAUGGAAAGAGAGGUCCUGACGAAGGACCCGAAGCUGGGCUUACAGUCCCAGGGAGCCAUGACCCUCCCCGAGGGGGCCACAGAGCCCUGUCCAAGCCUGGAGCCUGUGGAUUUGGGGGACUCCACUAACUGCCAGGUACCCACAGAGAUGCCAGUGGAGGGUGAGGCACAGCUGACUAGACAGGAGAGUCAGCCUAGGGGUUUCCAAGAAGCCCAUGGCCAGGUCCUCAGGCUGGACAGCCUGUCUACCCACCUCCUCCAGAGUCCUGAAGAGCAGCACAGGCCUGUGGAAGGAAACUCAGGAGAGAGAGGCCAGGGGGACGUGGGGUCAGAACAGGCCCAUGAGGCUCAUGGCCUGGAAGCCAGGAACCCAGAGUCACCCCAGCAAGAUGAUCCCCUGCCUGACAUAUCACAGGCUCCUGCUCCUAGUAAAAUGUCUCCUCUUAGAGGCUCUCCCCUUAUGGGGCCUGAGGCUGGGCUUGCAGUAAGAGCCCCAGAGACCACACAAGCCCUCCUCACCUUGGCUGAACCGGAAGCCCAGCCCAGGCCCAUGUCCAUGCCUGUUCAGGUGGAGAGAAAGCCUGGCACCCCUCAGCCCAUGGAACCAGGGGCAGAGAGCAGGCCGGAGGACCCAGGAACAGACUCGGGGGAGGCUGAACUGACUUCCCUUGGGGACCUCACUGCUGGCAAGCCUCAGGCUGACCCCGACUACCUCUACCAUGUCAUCUUCUUGGGGGACUCCAAUGUGGGCAAGACCUCAUUUCUACACCUGUUGCAUCAUGAUGCCUUUGCCACUGGGCUGACAGCCACCGUAGGAGUGGAUUUUCGUGUCAAAACCCUGAUGGUAGACAACAAAACCUUCGCACUGCAGCUGUGGGACACAGCUGGACAAGAGAGGUACCACAGCCUCACACGACAGCUGCUACGAAAGGCGGAGGGAGUGGUGCUCAUGUAUGAUGUCACUUCCCGAGAGAGCUUCACCCAUGUGCGCUACUGGCUGGACUGUCUGCAGGAUGCAGGUGCAGACAUGGUGGCCAUGGUCCUUCUGGGAAACAAGAUGGACUGCGAGGAGGAGAGGCAAGUGCCCACCGAAGCCGGGAGAAGACUGGCUCAGGAGCUGGGGGUCUCCUUUGGUGAGUGCAGCGCUGUCCUGGGUCACAACAUCCUGGAGCCCCUGAUGAACCUGGCUCGGUCACUUAAGAUGCAGGAGGAUCGCCUGAAGGCCUCGAUGGUGGAAGUGACCCACCAGCAGCCACCCAAGAGAGCCGGCUGCUGCCGAUGAUCACCAGUCUGGUCCCAUCACCGACUGUCCCUUCCUCUGAUUUCCAUUCUGCUUCCUGGACACAGCCCUGGCAGAGAAGCCCUGCAGGAGACAGUGUCACCUCUACUCCACCAAGCAAACAUGGCUGGAGUGGGUGGCAGGACAAGUCUAGAAACUCCAUCCAAGGAAAGUAUCCCCAGAUCUUUCAUUCACCUGGUGACAAGACACCAGGGUAUUCUAGUUUCAUUUCUGCUGCAACAAAUACUGACCAAAAGCAGCUCAGAGGAGGAGAGGGGUUCUUUUGGCUUAUGCUUCCAGGUCACUGUCCAUCAUUGACAGAAGUCAGGGCAGGAACUGAAGUGGAAACCGUGGAGGAACACCGCUUGCUGGCUCACACACUGCCUAAUGCUUAGCCGGCUUUUAUAUACACCCCAGGCCCACCUGCCUAGGGAAUGGUGCUGCCCACAGUGGACUGAGCCCUCCUGAAUCAAUCAUCAAGCAAGACUGCACCCCACAGACAGGCCCACCGUGGGCCAGCCUGGCAAAUGCCAUUCUUCAUUUCAAUUUCCCUCUUUCCUGGUGACUCUAGAUUGUGUUACAUUGAUCAUAAAAACUAACUGGGACACAGGACACACAUGGGGAUGCUAUUUUCCUUUUGAGUAGUUUUGAAUUUUCUUCAGUGCUUAGGGAUGCCUUGUACAGUCGGAAUCUGAUCUGGAAGAGGAAGUAAACCUUGCAGAGAAUCUGGUGCCAACUCUGAAUUCACACUUUCUGUCAGUUCCCACUACUCCUGUGUCUGCCUCGGUUUCCCCUCUCAGAGGCAGGUUUCUUCCUUGCAGAAUCCAAUCCUGAGACCAGUGUCAUCCUGACAGCCCUGAUAUGCCCUGAGCUCUCUGCCACUCCCAUGGAGGGUUGCACCGGGAUCCUGCUUCUUCCCCUGCAGCUUGGGGUCUUCAGUGGCCACUGGAUGCCUAUGAUUAGUGGGGUGUGGACUGCAGCUUGGAAACUUGGUGGAACGCUGGUUCCAGGGUCUGGUGGGUCAGGGAUGACCUCUGAGUUGGGGCAUCUCUGCCCAGCUCUGCAGUUGUGUGAG